AAGUAGUCUACACAAAGUGAAUGUGUAAUUAAAUUCUACAUACAUUUAAAAGCAAACAACAAUUAAAAAUGUAAUAUAGAUAUUUUGUUUUAAUUAUUAAUUAAAGGAGUUUACUCGUUAAGAACGAUUAUCUUGGAAUAGGUACAGGAAAAAGACUUACUAGAUUAAAAAAAACCGAUAUCGUGCUGGAGCUAGAAAGACCGGAGAAAAACAUACAAAGAAAAAAGUCAGCAAUUGAUUGAAAACAAAAAACAAUAGAAAACUUUUCGUAGAUCAUUUACCAAUCCACACAUUAUCUAUCGAUCUUAGUUCUCUAUUUUUAUGUAGACGUCGUUAGUAGUAUAUUUUGAUGGAACCUACCCACGUGAGUUCUUAACCUAAAAAGUAUAGUUUACAAGUGAAAGGAAUUUGGUGAUUUUUGUGUAGUUAACUUAUAUUUGUUAUUAUAAAAAUGGAAGAAAAAGUAAUUAGAAUGGAAGAUAUUCUUAAUGAGGAUUCAUCCGACGACGAUAUACCAAAUAUAUGUGAAAAUUAUGUGGAGAAUAAAAAUAAAAUAUCUUUUGAACAAGAGAUUCCAAAGGGAAAACCUAAAUCUGGUAGAAUAUGGAAAGAACCAAAGAAGAGAUUUUCAUCUAUUGUCAAAAGUAGAGGUAUUAAAUUAUCACUCGAAAAGAAGCAGAAAUUAAAGGAAAAUAUUCAACGCGCUAAAGAAAUGUCAAGAGCUAUCAAAGAAAAAAAGCAAGCAGAGAAAGAAGCAAAGAAGCAACGGAGGAUAGAAAAUUUAAAAAGAGCAGAGGAAAAUAGAAAGAAGGGUGAAGUAGUACAAAUUAUUAAAAAUACCGCUAAAUUAAAGAGAAUGAACAAGAAACAACUGAGAUUCAUUGAAAAAAGGGAUACGAAUUAACGUUUGAAAUAAAUAACAAGCGAGUUGUUAAUAAUAUUGCCAAAAUAUACGUAUAAGAAGUAAAGAAAACUUCUUUUAAUCAAAUAUACAUGUAAAAACAUGAAAAAGAAAUAUUUUGGAACAAUGAUAAAAAGAAAAGGGAGAUGAAGAUUAAGAAACGCUUUACAAAAAAUUCUAACAAAUGUCAUUGAGGAAUAUACAUGUAAAAAUAAUAAACAUGCAUCUAUCAAAUAGAUCGCUAUGAUAAACAAAUAUCAAUAAGAAAUAAGUCUUAAUUUUAUUUUAUAUAUAUAUACAUUGUCAUGUUAUUAAUUUUUGUUUCUCGAUGAAAAGAUAUGUACUCAUAUGAAUAUUAACUUUCGUUUGAAUUCUAUAAAAAGAAGAAAGAAAAUUAAUAAAACAAUAGUUAGAAAAAUUAAUGUUCGACAAAAUAAGAAUAUUUACAUAUACUGUCAGUUACAUUCGAAUAGAACAAUUUGUCUAUGCAGGUUUUUAAUCAUUUUCAUACUUUUGCGUUGCAAUUGUCUUUAAAGUGAAGGUUAUAAACGGUGAAGAGGGAUUUUUGUUGUACGUGAAAUUGUUAAUAUAUUUUUUCAUCUCAUA